AAUCUGUUUUCGUUUGGUGCUUCGGAUGUGCAAUGUUUUAUGUUUCUAUUAGCAAAGCAGAAGCAGUGGAGGUGGGAGGAGACGCCGAGAGGCGGCGGCGGCGGCGCGCAUCCUCCGCGGCCAGGCCGAGCAGAGCCUGCAAUUUGGCUUGUGUGGAAACUGUGUAGGAAGUUGUGUAAAUCGGAGGCUGCUCGGGUCAAAGGCCAUCAGCGUUAGGUGAUGUAUUAAAACUUUGUCCGGCUGGCCCGGGAAGACUAAAAGGUACGGCUGCGGCGGCCAGGGAAGUGAAACCAGCACAAAGAACAGAGCGACGAGAUGGCGACGAAGGCCCGUGUUUUGUACAACUUCGUAGCUGAACCUGGAAAUGAUGAACUGACAGUCAACGAAGGAGAGAUCAUCACCAUAGCCAAUCGGAACGUAGGUGGUGGAUGGUGUGAAGCAACAAAUGCUCAGGGAGUGACAGGUCUUGUUCCAACUGACUAUGUGGAGAUUAUUUCAGGAAGUGGAGCAGCACAGAGUCAAGCAAAUAACCUUGCAGCGUUUGAUCCCUUCUCAACAUCUCAUGGUGGUGCAGGAUUCGGAAGUUCAUUUACCCCACAAAAUAAUAGUCAGACACAGAACAUCACUGAUCCGUGGUCUAACUGGCAGACAAGCUCAGCUGGAAACUGGAACACAGAUAAUGCACGUAACAGUGGAAAUGCCUGGAAUGCCUGGCCGACAAACACAGAGAGUUUUAAUGCACAGAACAGUGGCAAUGGCGGUACAGCUGGCUACGGUCAUCCACAGGCUUACCAGGGUCCAGGUGUUGCGGAUGAUGAUGAGUGGGAUGACGAAUGGGAUGAGGCCAAGGUAUCUCCAAAUAUUCUUCCACGGACUGAAACAGAGUCACCGGAGACAGCUUUGGCUCGUGGAGGUCCUCGUAACGCUUCAGUGAAGAUGUCACUCAACAGAUUUCCAACAUUUUCCAAACAUGGGCCUGAAGUCUACCUACUUUCAAAACAACCAUUAAAAACUGAUGAGAAGAUCAUAAUCCAUAAAGGUGAAGUUGGUCCUGUUUGGGAAUAUCCUGCAUCCUCUCUGAGCUGUGUAGUUGCUGAUCCAAAAAAGGGAUCCAAGCUAUAUGGAUUGAAGAGUUACAUUGAGUAUCAAGUAACUCCCAAUAACACUAAUCGAUCAGUCAACCACAGAUAUAAGCAUUUUGACUGGUUAUAUGAGCGUCUUCUGAUCAAGUUUGGUUCAGCUAUUCCCAUUCCUUCACUUCCAGACAAGCAAGUUACAGGUCGGUUUGAAGAAGAAUUCAUCAAGAUGCGAAUGGAGAGAUUGCAGGGUUGGAUGAAUAGAAUGUGUCACCAUCCAAUCAUUUCAGAGAGUGAGGUCUUCCAGCUCUUUAUCACUUACCGAGAUGAAAAGGAAUGGAAAUUAGGCAAGCGAAAAACCGAGAAGGAUGAUGUUGUUGGUGUCAUGAUCUUUUCAACAGUGGAGCCACCAGCCGAGGACAUUGGCCUAUUGGAUGCGGAACAAAAAGUUGAAGUAUUUAGUAAAUUCACUAAGGCUAUGGAUGAUGGAGUCAAGGAUCUUCUCAAUGUGGGACAGGAGCAUUGGAAGAGGUGUACAGGGGCACUGCCUAAGGAGUAUCAGAAGAUAGGAAAAGCGCUGCAAAAUCUUUCACAGGUCUUCACAACCAGUGGUUAUGAAGGUGAAUCCAUUCUGACAGAUCCUUUAACUGAAGCAGGAAAGACCUAUGAAGAAAUAGCUAACCUCUUUGCAGAACAGCCCAAAAAAGAUCUGCAUUAUUUGAUGGAAACCAACCAGGAAUACAAAGGAUUAUUAGGAUGUUUCCCUGAUAUCAUUGGAGUGCACAAGGGUGCCAUAGAAAAAGCCAAAGAGGGUGACAAGUUGGUUGCCUUAAAUAAGAUAACAGCACAGGAAAAGAGCACCAUGGUGAGUCGUAUUGGCACCAUGUCUUACUCAUUACAAGCUGAGAUGAAUCACUUCCACAGUAAUCGGAUUUAUGAUUACAAUUCUGUAAUGCAACACUACUUACAGCAACAAGUCCAGUUUUAUGAGACAAUUGCAGCAAAACUGAAGCAAGCAUUGAGUCAUUUUACAGUGCAACAGUAAACCCUGCAAAGUAAUCAGCCUUAAUUGACCAGAAGGUGAAGGAAACCUAUGCUGUGAAGUGUGUUUAUGAAGGAAAAGCACAAGAAAGACAUCUCAAAUUAAGGUUUUGUUUGAGAUAAUGUUAAGCAUGCAAAACAGCUGUUUGGACCAUUUAUUGUUCUGUUGCUGCAAAAUUGUUUCAUGACUUUUGAGUAUAAACAUGGUGAACUUUUGUUACUUUAUGCAUUAUUCUUUGUCUCUUUCUUGUGUGUUCCAUUUCAGGACAUAUGCACAGUUGUAUUUUUGACCAGCAGUGACAUCAUUUUAGGAAUUAUUGUUGAUAUCAUGACGCCAUGGUAGCUGCUACUGCCUGUAUAAAUUUCAUUGUUGCAGAUUACUUUGGUUACUAAAUGGGCUACAGGAAGAAGAAAUGCUGCAUUCUGGGGUGGUGGUGGGGGGAUUAUUAUGAUAUUGGAGGCAAUAACGAUGGAACUUGGGAACUGAUUUUUGUUCUCCAUGCAAGUACUUUCUGAAGGCAUGCUUUCAAUUCAAAUGUGUUUUAUCUUUAAUACAUCUAAUAAAAUUUCAUGUCACUUAUGCAUUCUAUAAAUAAAGUGGGCAAGAACAAGACUAUUUUAAAAACAAUUGGAGCAGAUAGCAAAGAGAAAGGCAUUUAAAGAAAGGAUUCCAAAAUGCCAGUAGAUGGAUGCAAUUCAGCGAAAAGUAGUGCAGCACAGACAUGGAAACAUAUGGAAGGAGAAACCUCUUGCAGUGCUUAAACUUUUUAUUGCUCAUUAUUUCAAUUUUUCAAUUCGUACAGAUACCAAGAAUAUAUCAGACCUUGAAAAAUAUAUCUUAACAUUCCUGACUAUGAACUUUGCCAUUUAUUCUUGACCAAAUUUUACUUAGGACGUGGCUUUUCGCUCCAUCCCCUUUCAGCGAUAGCAUUAGUAGAACAAUGUCAAAGGUUAUACUCUGAGGUGCCACUCUGAAAAGCUUAAUGGGCAUAGUUGGUUUACAAUUUGGCUUUUGUAAUGAAGUGUAUGUCACAUUUUUGUUUUACAAUAAUCACCAUCUUUGGCCUCUUCAUCAUUAUUAUUGCUGCCUAAGCUACCAAACUACCAAAAAGUUGCUUUUUGAAGAAUUAUAUGUUAACAAUAUUUUAGCAAAAUGAUUGCUAUUCUUAACUGAUUAUCAGUUCUUUUUCAAAUCCAGCCCUCCAAAGUUCAGGGCUGGCAUAAACUUCAUGUAAAUGCAAAAAAAUUCAAAGUCAUUCUGAAUAGAGCUAUUAAAUUACCUGGAGCCGUGCUUAAAUUUAAAAUGACUGCACAAAUAUAUCUGUAAUUAUACAGACAUACAUUUAUGAAUCUAAGAGGACUAUAAGAGCAUGUUUGCACCAAAGAUAACUAUUUAAUUUUGUAUUGACAUUAUUUUUGGAUGAUGAACUAAUAAAUGUUCUAUGCUUAUA